AUGGGCAAGCCGGAGGAUUUCUGCCUGGACAAGGAGGGUGACCUGGAAGUGGGAGCUGGGCUGCGCUGCCUCCCUAUCACCGUGCUCCUGCUCUCUGUGGCACUCAGACUCUGUGCUCCUGUCUGCAGGCGGGCAGGGCUUGGGCAGCGGGUGGUGCCGCCGCCCCCAGAGAGGUCUUCACACAAUGAACUAGAAAAGCACAGACGAGCCAAACUCCGGCUCUACCUGGAGCAGCUCAAGCAGCUGGUGCCCCUGGGCCCUGACAGCACCCGCCACACCACGUUGAGCCUCCUGAAGCGUGCCAAGAUGCACAUCAAGAAACUGGAGGAGCAGGACCGCCGGGCGCUGAGCAUCAAGGAGCAGCUGCAGCGGGAGCACCGCUUCCUGAAGCGGCGCCUGGAGCAGCUGUCGGUGCAGAGCCUGGAGCGCGUGCGCACGGACAGCACAGGCUCCGCCGUCUCCACCGAUGACUCGGAGCAAGAAGUGGAUGUAGAGGGCGUGGGGUUCGGCACCGGCGAGCUGGACAGUGUUGGCAGCGGCAGUGACGUGGACGACCACUACAGCCUGCGUGGCGGCUGCAGCCACGGCAGCUACGGGCCGCCCUGCAGGCGGCCUGGCCGCCCCGGCCUCUCGUAG